AUCUUAAAUAACACGAAAUAAACAUUCUUCCAAGAACUAUGGUGAUAAGACACUUUUAAAAUCUGUAUAAAUUAUGUAAAUGUAUGAAAUUUUGUUAGUUGUGAACAAACGAUAGCUGCAAUGGUUUUGAUUACUGGGACGCUCUUUCUUCUUGCUGCCACGGCAGCCACAGCGUUCCAGCCCCCCACCACCUUCAUCGUCGGGGGGGAUAACGCCACCAUCGAAGCAUACCCGAGCGCCGUCCAGCUGGAGGUCCGCAAACCCCUGACUGGCGAGUGGAUCCUGAUCUGUGGCGCUACCAUCCUGUCUGAGCGCUGGGUCGUGUCUGCCGCUCAUUGCUUAGCGCCAAUAGUACCAAUCGUUGGACUAGAAGGGAUGCGAAGCCGCGCUGGCUCCAACAUCCGCGGUGAAGGCGGUCAGGUCACUUCCAUCAAGUCUUACCUCGUCCAUCCAGAGUACUCCAUAGUCUCGGUAUACGACGCUGACAUCGCGUUAGCCCAGCUGGAGAGGCCGCUAACCUGGUCUGAUGCUGUGCAGCCGGCUCCGAUCAACGCGUUUGGCAACGAGUUGCCCGAUGAGUCGGCAGUCCAGGUCGUAGGGUGGGGUGAUACGCUUGGUGAGAACCUCUCAAGCGAAGACGAUUACGCUGACAUCUUGCAACAAGUGACUCUCUACACCAUCAGCAAUGCCGAGUGCCGGCGUCGUUACUCUGACGUAGACAUCAUCACUGACAACAUGAUCUGUGCCGACGACCAAGGUCUUGUAGAAAAGGAUGCCUGCAACGGGGACUCUGGUGGUCCGAUGUAUUACAAGAACAGAGACACCCAAAUUCUAGUAGGAAUCGUCUCUUUCGGUCCUCUACCGUGUCCUUCUCCGCUGAAGCCUGCAGGCUUCGUCAAGGUGUCUGCUUACACCAAUUGGAUUGUGGAGAAUGCUGUUUGAAUAUUUCCGUAAAUAAAUUGUUUUGGCUCAAUAA